AAAAGAGAAAAAAUAAAACUAAAGAACCUGAAUCAAAGUCUAAACCACAAAAAAAGUAUAGAAAUCAAAAAUUAAAUAAGGAUAAUAGUAAAGAUAAUUUAAUUCAAACAUCAUCUGAGUUAUCUUAUACUACUAUUCUUACAGACCAAGAACAACAAACUUACAUUGAAUAG